AAUCUCUCGCACUGGUCUGCUGGAUGGGUGGACUGGAACCUGGCACUCAACAUGGAAGGAGGACCAAACUGGGUCAAGAAUUUUGUUGAUUCGCCGAUUAUUAUUGACGCUGAGAGUGGACAAUUCUAUAAACAGGUGGGUUUGAAAUUUUUUGGUUUCGGUUGAGAGUAAAUAAUCUUUAAAAGGAGACAGGACUAGACUAUAGAGUGUUUUCUCUCACGUGGACAGCAUAUAUGCAAAUUUAUUGUAACAAACGAAAGCGUUUGCAUAAGAAAAGAGUUCAACUCCCAGGGGACUGGUUUGGGACUCCAACAUGGCCGCCGUUUUAUUGGUUUGGGACACCAAUAUGGCUGCCGUGACGUCAUGUGAAAACACUCUAUUAAAAGCUGUAUCGAACACGGUUAUCACAUGGCACUAGCAAUGGGUCUGACCCUUUUUUCUUCAUUUAAUACCCGUUAAAGGGAACCCUAAAUUUGUCCGAAAUGAGAAGAAGGUGCCCCAGGUUAUGAACAUGGGAGUAGUCUUUUAUGAAUUGGCCACCUUUUUGAAAUAUUUAGGAAUCCAAAUGGACCAAUGCAAGGAAAAAUGUUACAAACCAUGGGACCCUUUUUUCUUCAUUUAAUACCAAACACUUAGUGACUGGUCCUUCGAAAUUUAUUAAACCUCGCUGUAACAGCGGUCGUCGAUCAUUCGCGGGUUACAGUGCACUGUUGCCCUCUGACGUCAUAGAUUUUGCAAUGUUGCCCGCUCAGAGAUUUUGGAGGGGAACAGUUUCAUUGUUAGAUGUCAUGUGACCUCGAAGUAGUCAAUGAGAGCUUGCGCUGUUGGGAAAAAAAUUCCAGCUAUAUAACAACACUUCUUGGUAACUUUCGCUGUUUUCCAUAGUUUAGCUCAGAACGUGACGCAGUAUCCGUACAUAUAUUAAUUAAUUUAAUUGGAUUUUGAUUUUUUUACAGCCCAUGUAUUAUCACCUCGGUCAUUUUAGCAAAUUUGUGCCUCCAGGAUCACGGAGAGUUGGAGUGGCAUCUUCAUCACAAACAUCACUGGAGUUUAUUGGGUUUGUGACACCGCAGUUAAACACAGUCAUGGUGAUUCUGAACACUGAAGCAAAAAAUAUGACUUUCCAUAUCAUCGAUAAGAAAGCAGGAAUCAUAACGGAAACCAUACCCUCAUAUUCCAUUCAAACUUACAUUUGGUAA